GAGCCUCUUGACACAAGUACUACAUAGGCGAAAGCGAAGAAAGGCCAAAAACAAAGCAUUUUCGAGCCAGAGUAUUCCAGAGAAACUAACAGAGAGAGAGAGAGAGAGAGAGCAAUGGAGGGUGUGAAAGGAGGGAAUGGGUUUGGGUCACUGGCCAUGGUGGUGCUGGUGCUAAUGUGCGCCGAGAUGGUUAUGGUUCCAGGGGUCUCCGCUACUCGGUGGAUCGUGGGAGCGAACAUGGGUUGGACAACCAAUGUCAACUACACUGUUUGGGCUCAGGACAAGCACUUCUACAAUGGUGACUGGCUCUUUUUUGUGUAUGAUAGGAACCAGAUGAACGUGCUAGAGGUGAACAAGACGGACUAUGAGGCGUGCAACUCGGAUCAUCCUCUUCACAAUUGGACUACUGGAGCUGGAAGGGAUGUGGUUCCACUAAAUGUGACUCGAAAUUACUACAUCAUUAGUGGCAAGGGCUUCUGCUAUGGCGGCAUGAAGUUGGCUGUACAUGUUGAAAACUUACCACCUCCCCCCACAACUUCCCCUAUAAACGAAAAGAGCAGCUCUCCUAGUUUGACUUCCAGAGGCAAAUUUGUUUUGCCAAUGGUUUUUGCCAUUGGUGCAGUAUGGGAUGCAUUCCUCCGGUUCUGGUAGUAAUUAAGUGUUGAUUUUCAAAAUUCAGUGAUUGGUGGGGGUAUUCCAAUUAGACGAAUUCCUUAACCAGUUUGUGGAAGGAAUAGAGUUGUCUUGCACUUUUUUCCCUUUUUCUUUUGGGUGGGGGUAAUUUAUUUUAUGCUAUUUUUCUUCAAGGUAGUUGACCUGAAAGUUUGGUGUUGCUUUGAUUGAGGCUUUGAUUAAGCCCAAGGUAGUGAGUUUCAAAUGUUGAAGAGAUUGAUUUAUUUAUUGAAGCAUUCAUUGCGUAAACUAUGGGAUAUGUUCUUCUGUAUGUUGGUUAAUGAUACGAAUAUUGUAUAUGUGUGGCCCUUAACCAUGUGCCUGAAUCCUGAUUACUUGCCUCAAUUUCUUGUGGAGGGGAUUUCU